UGGAAGUACACUAUUGUGUGAUGAAUCUUUAGUAAACAGUCAUCUCUUUCAAUUGUUUUUAUGCAGAUUCUUACUCAUCUGCAUUAGUUUUCAUGUCCAGGGUGAAAGGAAGGACCGCCACAGAGGUGUGUGCGGAUUGCUCCGCCCCAGAUCCCACAUGGGCCUCUAUAAAUCGUGGAGUGCUAAUUUGUGAUGAGUGUUGUAGUGUACAUAGAAGUCUUGGUCGUCACAUUUCACAGAUAAAAUCACUCAACAAAGGACAAUGGAGUCCCACAUUAUUGUCUAUGGUACAACAUCUUGCAAAUCAUGGUGCCAACAGUAUAUGGGAACAUUCAUUAUUGGACCCUUCACAGAGUAAACAUGGGAAAAAGAAACCAGGCCCAAGGGACCAAGUGCAUCCUGUGAAGGCAGAAUUCAUUCGGUCCAAAUAUCAGUUUUUACAGUUUAUCAAUAAACAAAAAGAUGGUGAUGUUAACUCGAUAGAUGAUCUGAGUAAGCAACUUCACUCCAGUGUAAGAACGAGUAACUUAGAAACAUGUUUAAGACUUCUGUCCAAAGGAGCUGACCCUAAUUAUUUUCAUCCGGAGAAAGGUAACUGUCCUCUCCAUGUUGCUGCUCAGAGUGGACAACCAUUACAAGUAGAACUUCUAGUCAUUUAUGGAGCUGACCCUGGUGCUUUUGAUUCCAAUGGGAAAACUCCUAUUGAUCAUGCUAAAGCUGAGUUGUACAUAGAUUUAGCAGACAGAAUAUUAGAAUUACACUAUGAACUUACAGAUAGAUUGGCUUACUAUGUCUGUAAGAGAAAACCAGGAAUAUAUUUUCCAGAUCACAAGAAUGGAAUACAUUUUAUUAUCCCAGAAAUGGCAGACAGUAGUUUGGAUUUAUCAGAGUUGGCUAAACAAGCAAAGCUGAAAUUACAAGCUCUGCCAAAUCAUUUAUUUGAAGAAUUAGCCAUGGAUGUCUAUGACGAAGUGGACAGACGAGAAAAUGAUGAGCAUUGGAGUCAGUCACAUGACAAUUCAGCUGUUGUCAGUGAUAGGCAAGGUGUUCCAUUUCUACCUCUAAAUCCAGAUUUUUCAGCAACAAGAAAUCAGGGUCGUCAGAAACUUGCCAGAUUUAAUGCCAGAGAGUUUACUACCCUUGUGAUAGAUAUUUUAAGUGAUGCCAAAAGAAGACAAACAGGAGCCAUGUCUCCAUCACAAACCCCUAAAGAACAAGAGAAGCCAACUAGUCCCAUGCCAAUAAGAAGGAAGAUAAACAGUAUUGCCAGUGAUGAAGAGCCAUUAUAUGAUGUUGUUGCCUCCGAUGAAGAUUAUAGUAGUAUAGAUAAUCUCAGUAUAUCCAGUAGCAAGCUAAAACAUCAACCUCAUCAUGAAGCUGUAGUAGAGGGACCUGUCUCAACAGAAGAAUUUCUUCAGAUGAAGAGAAAAGUUGGUUCCAUGGAAUGUCAGGUUCAUCAGUUACUACAACAGAACAAAGAUUUACGCAAGGAGAGAGAUGAUCUGCAUUUACUGGUACAGAAAUUAACCAAAGAAAUCACGAUCUUGAGAGAACAUACUCAGCAACAUAUUCAGACAUUACCUAAUGGUUAUGGUCAGUCUGACGAUGUCCAGAAUAGUCCCAUUAGAAAUCCAACUCGUCCACAGUCCAUGUUUGAGCCAAGAGAUCAACAGAGGUUGUCCCAAAAGAGUCAGUCCAAAGAUUCUUUGCCGUCUGCUCAUUCAUUUUCAAAUAUUCACUUACAAGAAGAAGGGUGUGAAAGAGAGAGAAUUCCUUCCCUUCACGAUGAAGCAAGUGCAGAACUUCAGAAACCCGUAGGACAAGAUGUGUCUCAUUAUGAUUGUCCAAGCUCACUGCCUCUUGAUAAUAGUGCAAUAAACCAAAGUUUCUCAGAACAUUUUAUGGACGAUGAUGAAAUAAAUAGUUGUCAUGGAAAUAUACAUGAGAUUGAUCCUGAUUUACCGUCACAGGAAGUUAUUAUGGAAAAGACGGAAAAAAUCACCAAAAAUAUUCAAGAACUGUAUCAUUCUGGACAAACAGGCAAACAUGACAGUUUUGGACCAUGUGCAGAUAAGAUCCAUAAUGCUGUUACAGAAAUGGCUUCAUUAUUUCCUAUUAAGCCAAAAUCCGAAAGUGUAAAAUGUGCAUUACAUUUAUUAGUGACAAGUGCUGGGCGCUUACAACAAGAAUGUUACGAAACAAGUGACGGAGAACCUUACAGGACUCAACAAGUGAUGCAAGGGGCAUUCGAUAUCGCUAAAGCUGUUAAACAAUUAGUCACGCUGUUUCAGUGAUAUGUGCAAUAUAAUCUAUGAGAUUUUAUCAUUUGAGGGUUGUCUCAAAAGUCUUAAUAACUUGACAGGAAAACUUUUGAGAAAUCCUUUAUUAAUGUAGUUUUAAAAGUUUGUAAUUUAUACAAUUGAAAAUGGCAAGAUCAGAUUCAUUGUAGGGUACUGCUGAUAUUUUUAUCUUUUCAUGAAAUACGCCUUGGAUCAUUUGUGAUUAGCAACCUUAUUAAUUACACAUGCUUAGAUAAAGAAAUGAAAUUUGUGCAGCAACCACUUUAAAGCUUCGUCUUGGAACAUUUGAUGUCAAAUUAAAAAUAGAACAAAAAUUUCAUUUGUCUCAAUGAAAUCUAUUCCUUUCAAUCAUUCAUUUUUUUGGUAGCUCUAAGAGUAGGCAAUAUUUGUGUGUGGCUUAAGCUAAAAUUAAGAAUUCCAGUGCUUAUGGUCAAACAGAAAUUUAUGCUAUAGAAGUAUUUGACUAAAUGAAAUAGCCCUAAAGGAUGAUGACAGGGUCAUAUAAAUUGUAUACAUUUUAUUUAAUUCAUUACACAUACAUAAAAGAGGGUCUUGGUGGGGUUUAGAGAAUAAUAGGCAAAGAGUGCAGAGUAAAGGGCUAAAGAAUAGAGAAAAAAAGGCCAAAAAAAUAAGAAUAGAAAAUAAUUAGGUGCUGUAAUAUACAGAGAAUAAUGGGAAAAAUAAAUAAAGAUAAGAGAAAAAUUAUCUAAAAAAAUGAAAGAAUAAAGAAAUGAGGGAAACCCAUCCAGAUCCUCAUAAAACAACCCAGAGAAAUGAGGGAAACCCAUCCAUAUCCUCAUAAAACAACCCAGAGAAAUGAGGGAAACCCAUCCAGAUCCUCAUAAAACAACCCAGAGAAAUGAGGGAAACCCAUCCAGAUCCUCAUAAAACAACCCAGAGAAAUGAGGGAAACCCAUCCAGAUCCUCAUAUUACAACCCAGAGAAAUGAGGGAAACCCAUCCAGAUCCUCAUAAAACAACCCAGAGAAAUGAGGGAAACCCAUCCAGAUCCUCAUAUUACAACCCAGAGAAAUGAGGGAAACCCAUCCAGAUCCUCAUAAAACAACCCAGAGAAAUGAGUGAAACCCAUCCAGAUCCUCAUAAAACAACCCAGAAUCACUUCAUGUUAACAGUAGACUAUUAGUAAAAGGAAACAAGAAUUCAUAGAUCUACUAAUCCAUUGGGUUGCUGUCUCAUUCUUCAUCUUUUAAUCCUUACAUCUUUAUGUAUUUAUUCCAUGAAAUUCUCUAUGAAAGUUCUUUCCACUAUACAUUAUUUAACAAUAUAUAGGAGCUUUUAUAAUGAGGAUUCUUCAAAGAAGAUUAAAAAUUCUUUCAAUACCUUGAAGGACCAGAUUGUAUGUGUUUCAAAUUAAAUAGAACAGUCCUAAGUUUGUUAAUUGACAAGAUUGAAAAUCCCAAAAGUUUGUUAAUUUUAAUUGCUCAACCCAAAGGUGUCUUUGAUAAAUAGAAUUGCUUCCAUGUGUUUUUUAAGGUGACACUGUUUUAUAUGUUCAAAUAACAGUACUGCCCUUAUCCAUAGAAAAGGUCUAAGGUGUGUUUGAUUUUAUAUCUGAUCUUGCACCUAUAUGUUGAACAUUUCAAGUCAUUUAAUUCAGUGAAAAAUGCAUGAUAAAUUGUGCAUUAUUGAUGUAAUUGCUGAAUAUGAUAUACAUAAUAUAUUUCAUUUAAAGUAACAUGAUUAUUACAACAAUUUACCCAGUCAUUUUAGUCUCAGUCUGGAUGAGUUGUGUUUAAUACAAGUUACUACAGAUACAUUAAAAUUUGUGGAAUACCAAUUUUCGUUGAUUUCGUGGGUAUUGGUAAACCACAAAUUUAAAUGUUUAAAGAAGUACAAAUUUUUUAAAGGCGUGUACAUGCAGACUUUGAUAUAACCAUGAAAUAAAAUAUCCGCAAAAAUAAAAUGUUUCCGCUAUCAACAAAAUUUUGAACCCUUGAAAAUAAAUGAAUCCACAGAAAUAUUGUCAUUGUUGAAGUGUUAAAGUUUAUUUGUUAUGGUAUUGAUAUCUUGGUUUAUUCUGGGUGAAGGGAGAUAACUCUUUAAUAAAUCAGAAAUGUGUUUGUAAUAGUCAGAUUCGGCAAUGCCUUUAAAGCAAUCAUAAGAAACAGAAGAUUAUCUGUGUUUCUUAGAAUACUUUGUAUGAAAAUGGUUGACAUAAACAUACCAGUGAUUUAUAAGAGUUAUGUCCCUUGCAAUAGAUUAAUUUGCAUAAAUUUACUGGGAUGGAGCUUAAUUGUAAUGACAACAAGUAAAAAAGUCUUUUUAUAAAUAGUAGGAAAGAGUGAUGUUGUAAUCACAUUGUUGUUUAUAGAUUUGACUUCUGACUUGAUAAACUGGAGCCUCACCAUAAACUAUUAGCCUACAUGGAAUAAUGUUGCCCAGUAAUUGAAUUUAAGCUCCACCCAGUGAUUAGACUUGACCAGUAAUAAUUUAUAUUGCAAUCAUGUGACCUUCAGUGUAACAUACUAGUCACCAUCAUCAGCCAAUGAAAUCAGUAGGUAAUUUAGUCACUGGAAUUAUAUCAUUUAAUACAAUAAGUAUUUUUUUUCAGAAUGGGGCCUCAUUUAGAAAUGUUUUGUUUGACUUUAUUUUCCAAUGAUUAUUUAAAAUAGGUAAAUGUGUAGAGCAAAAAGUGUAAAAUAUGGGGAAAACUCAUAUUAAGUGAUACUUAUCAAUAACAAUAAAACAGGGUGAAGUUUGGUAUUGUCUGAUUGAUGUGCCACCCACAUCUUUUUUUUUUUUUUUCAAAUAUCAACCUAUUCAGUGGAAAUUUUGAGGUUUUUAUUUCCGAAAAUUUACUUCAGCUUUGGCAACUAAAAAACUUGGAUUGUCCCUUGAGGUCCUAGUGGCACUUUAAAAUAUUUAUAUUAGUGGUGUGGAAGUUAAUGGUACUUUAUGGUUGUAACAAAUAUUCUCUCAGGAAAUUAAAAAUGUAACAUUUCCUGAAAAUUUAAAAGCCAAUUUGGUGUAACUUAAAUUUUCAGUAAACAAUAAUAAUUUUGGUUAUGCUAUUUGCCAUAUGUCAGUUUAGUUCUACAGAAAUUGAUCAGAUUACCUACUGAUGUCUUGUUGUUGAUGAUGUUAUAUGUUUAAGUAUUAAUUUGUUGUUUGGUGUGUUGUUAGUUGACAUAUUGUAAAAAUAUUGUAUUUUGGGGACAAAAUGUAAAUGUUGAGGGGGGAGUGUAGUUAGUGACACACAUUAUGUCUGUUGUUAGUUGUCCUAUUAUAGAAAUAUUUGUAUUUUGGGGACAAAGUUUAUAUGUUAGGGGGGAAGUGUAGUUAAUGAAACAAACAUUUUAGUAGUGGCAAUGUUCUAUUGUAAUUAGUCAAGGGUUGUGCAUAUACAUUUUUCUUCCAAUACUUUUCAUAGUGCCGAAUGUUUCGUCUUUUAGAAAUACACUACCACUGAUCACCAUAUACACUUAUGUACCAAAUAAUGUUCCUAAAAUAACAUUAGUGUUAACCAACCUAUUUUUGGGAUGUGUAUAACCCUUUCUAGCAAACUUUGCAGCCAUUUAUUUUCACAAUCCUAUCACUUUGUUGAUUUAUUUAUACAAAAGAAGAUCCAUGGUAUGUUAAAAUCAAAUCUUCUCUUAUAUGAAUACAUCUUCAGAUUCGUUAAUUCGUGAAGAUUUAUUUUCGUUUUAUUAUUCUUCUUGUAAAAGUCUUGUAAAUAAAUCCCUUUAAAAAAUCAGUUUGAUUGUAAGUUGUAAAAGUUUUGUCAUAUAUGUUAAUGUUUAGUCAUAAUCUUAGAUAUUAGUACAGUAGGAACAAAUUUUUUUCUUUUUGCUAUUAUUUAUCAGUGUUAA